AUCACAGCUCCAGGUGACAGCGUGCUCUGGCUGAACGGUGCAGCGGUCAGCGCGCUCCUGCAGAAUCCCCAUAGGCCACUUUCUCCGACACGUCACAAGGUCACCAGAUCAUCUUCCCUGUGGAGGCGGCGGCGACGCGCCGGUCCGGUCCGACCCGGUCUUCGUAUCUCUGCUCUGAGCGGCGGCACUUCGCGGACGUGACGUCACCGGAUCGGGGUAUAAAACCGUCAUCCGCCGCCGAGAUGGGCACAUUCUGCUGUCUGCCAUCCGCUCUGUGGUGGCACCUGAAAUCCUCUAGAAUGUGGCGGAUUCUGGUUUCCUCCUUGCUGGUGGCCCAGGCGGCCGGUCAGGGCUCUGGAUUCUCCAGCGCGCUGACCCUGGCCGACGGCUACCUGCCGCCCGGCGGCCCGGACAACCCCACCCCCAACGUGGUGCGCUGCGAGCAGCCCAAGACCUUCUACAAGACGGAGACGCAGCGCAUCGUCAACACCGUGGUCAAGACGGUGCUGGUGACGGUGCCGCAGGUGAUCCAGAAGACGGCGGUCGUCACCAAGGUGGUACCCUCCACCAUUCUGGUCACCAGCAUACAGCAGGUCAAGUCGCCGGUGGUGCGCACACAGAUUGAGUCCAGCAUCGUCAACCGCGUCUCCACAAUUACCGUGCAAGGCCCGGGCCGGACCAGCGUUCUGCCCGUGACCCAGUCGAAGGAGCAGAUCAGCUACAAGACAGAGCAGCGCGUUGUCCAGCGCACCGUAACGGUCACCACACCGCAGGUGCGGUACUCGACUGUGGUGCAGCGCAUCACGAAGACCAUCACGGAGCGGGUGCCCCAGGUGGUCUACGUCACCAAGGUCGUGCAGGUGCCAGGCCGCAACGUGGUGGUCACCAAGACCGAGAAGAGGCGGAUCACCAGCGUUCAGCCCUACCAGCCGCCGGCGCGGACUAGCAUCAAGAACGAGAUCGCCUACGUUACCUCUGUGGUGGUGCGUCAGAUUCCUGGACCGGUCAUCAACAAGGUCAACAACAUAGUGCGCACGGAGAUCGUCGAGCAGACCAGCGUGAAGCGGGUGCCCCAGAUCAGCACCCAGAUCGUCCCGCAGAACAAGGAGGUGCUCCGGACGGUGACGGAGACGAAGACGGUGAGCCGAGUGCAGGUGCGUACCAUCGUCAGAACCGAACAGGUACCCGUGCUGCUGACGAAAACCGUGAAGAGCUACAUCACUGUGCCGCUGGUGCUGACCUCGACCUCCACCGUGCUGCGGACGGUGCCCGGACCGGACGUGGUUCGCAGCGUCAUCCGCACUGAUCUGCAGGUGGCCACCGUGCGCGGCCAGGACCGCGUCAUCACCGACCUACGCACCAUCAGCAGCGUCCUUACCAACAUCGUCAGGACGACAGUCAUCAGGCCGAGAAUCGUCACAAAGGAGGUGGUCAAAACCGAGAAGUGCGACGAUGGAUACCACUAUGACGCCCCCAAGAAUCCAUUCAACUUCUAAGAAGCUCCAUGGAGACCAGAGUUCAUCCUACGAUCAGCUGGGAUAGUACUGAUGUACCAAUUGCGAUUACACUGAGGGUGUGCCUGCCCCGACCACAUGACAGCUGGCACAUCACACGUUUGUAACUGAAAUAAUAAAUAAAUUGACACCACAUCACGGCGUUUUUCCUUAUAAAUAAAAAUACAUGCCCCAGUUGAAAAUCACCGCAUCUUCAGGUAAGUUUGCAUUAGCAUGCAUUUGUUGUGCACCUCGCUUUGUUUCCGUCUUGCAUUUCUUGAUAUCAUCGACUCUUUGCCAGAACAACGCAUGGGUAUAUGGCCUUGUUUGUUCACUAAUGGUGUCCUGUUAAUUUCAGAAUGCGGACCUUCUUCGCUCUGGCAUGCCUGGUGGCGGCGGCGUCUGCGGCGCCGCAGUUGGCUGACUCGUACCUGCCGCCGGACCCGGAGCCCACCUACCCGCGCGGCUCCUCCACCUGUCUGCCCGUGCAGGACGUCUACAAGACCAAGAUCGUCUCGGUGCCCGUCAACAAGGUAGAAGAGAGCUCGCGCCAGGUGGUGGUUCCCGAGACCAAGUACUUCACCAGUACUACGGUGGUGCCCAGCCUCAUCAGCCGCCAAGUGAUCAACACCCAGAUCGUUCCCGUCACACAGAUCAAGGUGGUCCGAUCCACCUUUGAGCGCACCCAGCUCAAGACCAUCACCGUGCCGGGACCGGACCAGGUCAUCCGGACCACAAUCGUCAAGUACGUGCCCGUCGUCAAGACCGUCUACGUGACCUCCACACAGGACGUGGUUCGCACGGUUCCGAAGAUUGACGUCAAGUUGGUUAGCUCCACACUGAUCCAGCAGAGCACGGUCCGUGUGCCGCAGAUCAGCACUGAGACGAACACGGUGCGUCAACAGCUGCCCGAUAACGUCCGAACCACGGUCAAGUACCUCACCGACAUCGUGUACGUCACUGAGACGCUGCCAGCUAAGACCAUCCAGCGGACCGUCGUGAAGACGGAGACAAAGACGGUGAUUAGUUCCGUGCAGCAGCCGGCGCGUACUGUGUACGUGGACCGCACCCAGGUAUCGACCGUCAUCCGGCCGGUGACCAAGACAGAGCUGGUGCCCCAGGUGGUUACCGAGGUCAAGGUCAACUACAUCACGAAAGUUGUACCCGCCUUCAUCACCAGCGAGGUGGUGGUGCCCUCUACGAAGAUUGAGCGGAAGGUAGUGCCCGUCACCAGCUACCUGACCUCUGUGGUGCAGCUGCCGGUGACUGAGACCGUGCUCAAGACGGCCGUUGUUACCUCGGUGCAGCCUGGUCCCGGCAAAACCGUCCUCCGCACCGUGGUCAAGACAGUGAUCAACACCAAGCUGGUGCCGGGCGCCACGAGCACCAUCGUCAAGAACGUCACCAAAGUCAACACCAUCAACCGGGUCUCCACGGUGAUCAAGGACCAGAUCAGCAGCGUCUACAAAACCAAGAUCGUGAAGGAGUCCUGCAGUGGAUACAACUAUGAUAAGCCCCGCAACCCGCUCCUCUUCUAGACGCGCUGUUAUCGAAAUGUGAACAUCUAGAGCCGCCGUGUACGCGGCAAAACACACACAAUAUCGGACAUCUGUACGUACAGCCAGCUGCCUUGUGGUCGGGCAGAUAAGCGCUCGCUCAGUGUAAUCGCAAUAAAUACAGAAAACGAAGUCGU